GCGGGCGUCAACUGGGGAUGGCGAUCCUCAGUUAUUCCUCUCUAGAUAUUUACCGGUUGCCUCAGCGUUUUCAUUUCGCGUUUUUUCGGGAAAAAUGAAAUUCAAAAUAAACAUUUCAAUUUUUUUAAAACUCUUUGUGAUUUCUGAGGUGUUCUUAGAAACAAAUUGUGAACGUGAAAGGGAUCCUAAUCCGACUACCUUUAAUAUCGGUGGCGUUUUGAGCAAUAAUGAUAGUAAAGCUCUUUUUAAGGAAACAAUUGAUCAUCUCAAUUUUGAUUCAUCCUUUGUACCAAAAGGCGUGACUUAUUACAACACAGCCAUAUUAAUUGAUCCUAAUCCCAUUAGAACUGCAUUAAAUGUUUGCAAAUAUUUAAUAUCAAAACAGGUUUAUGCGGUGGUUGUAUCCCAUCCAGUAACUGGAGAACUUUCUCCAGCUGCCGUUUCAUAUACAAGUGGAUUUUAUCACAUUCCAGUUAUUGGAAUAUCUUCGAGGGAUUCUGCAUUUUCCGAUAAGAAUAUCCAUGUGUCCUUUUUGAGAACAGUCCCACCAUAUUCUCAUCAAGCAGACGUUUGGGUGGAAAUGUUGAAAUAUUUCAACUAUAAAAAGAUAAUAUUUAUCCACAGUUCUGAUACUGAUGGCAGGGCGCUUUUGGGAAGAUUCCAGACAACCUCGCAAAGCCUAGAGGAUGAUAUAGAGAUUAAAGUUCAGGUGGAGACUGUAAUUGAGUUUGAAACCGGUUUAGAUAGUUUCAGUGAACAACUUCAUGAAAUGAAACUUGCACAAGCCAGAGUGUACCUUCUUUAUGCAAACAAAAAUGAUGCUAAAGUUAUAUUCAGAGAUGCUGCAACCUUAAAUAUGACAGACGCUGGAUAUGCCUGGAUAGUGACAGAACAAGCAUUGGAUGCUGAUAAUGUCCCCGAAGGAAUUUUGGGAUUAAAAUUGGUUAACGCUACGAAUGAAAAGGCACAUAUACGAGAUAGCAUUUAUGUUCUGGCGUCAGCUUUAAGAGACAUGAAUCAAACCAAAGAAAUAACAGCAGCACCUAAAGAUUGUGACAAUUCAGGUUCUAUUUGGGAAACUGGAAAAGACCUAUUCAAUUUUAUAAGAAAACAAGUUUUGAUCAAUGGAGAAACUGGAAAGGUGGCUUUUGACGAUCAAGGUGAUAGAAUAAAUGCAGAAUAUAACAUCGUAAACGUGCAACGGAAAAGAAAGAAGGUUGUUGUCGGACGACACUUUUUCAAUAGGGAAACCAAUAAAAUGCACUUGAGCGUCGACGAAAAAAUAAUAAUUUGGCCAGGAAGAAAGAACGUGAAGCCUGAAGGUUUUAUGAUCCCCACCCACCUAAAAGUAUUGACAAUAGAGGAAAAACCUUUUGUCUACGUUAGGAAAUUGGAAGGAGUAGGCUCUUGCGAACCUGACGAAAUUCCUUGUCCGCAUUUUAAUGAGACACAUGACAUCACAGCAAAAUACUGUUGUAAAGGCUACUGCAUGGAUUUAUUGAAAGAACUAUCCAAAAAAAUCAACUUUACCUACAGCCUAGCCCUUUCACCAGAUGGGCAAUUCGGUAACUAUGCAUUACGUAACAGUUCAGGUACAGGAAAGAAAGAAUGGAAUGGCCUUAUUGGAGAAUUGGUUCAAGAAAGAGCUGAUCUGAUAGUAGCGCCAUUAACUAUUAAUCCUGAAAGAGCAGAAUUUAUUGAAUUUAGCAAACCUUUUAAAUAUCAAGGCAUCACUAUUUUAGAAAAAAAGCCAUCAAGAUCAUCAACCUUGGUCUCAUUUUUGCAACCCUUCAGUAACACCCUUUGGAUACUAGUUAUGGUUUCUGUUCAUGUUGUAGCGUUGGUUUUAUAUUUACUGGACAGAUUUUCCCCGUUUGGCAGGUUUAAGUUAGCUAAUACAGAUGGAACUGAAGAAGAUGCUUUAAAUCUUUCCAGUGCAAUUUGGUUUGCUUGGGGUGUUUUACUUAAUAGUGGAAUUGGAGAAGGCACCCCAAGGAGUUUUUCUGCAAGAGUUCUUGGUAUGGUAUGGGCUGGAUUUGCCAUGAUCAUUGUAGCAUCAUACACUGCUAACCUUGCUGCCUUUCUUGUACUGGAACGACCAAAAACUAAACUUACUGGUAUAAAUGAUGCCAGGUUAAGGAACACCAUGGAAAAUCUUACUUGUGCUACAGUAAAAGGUUCAGCAGUAGAUAUGUAUUUUCGUAGACAAGUGGAAUUGUCAAAUAUGUACAGAACGAUGGAGGCUAAUAAUUAUGAAACUGCUGAAAAAGCUAUUUCUGAUGUCAAAGCUGGUAAUCUUAUGGCAUUUAUAUGGGACAGUUCUCGCUUAGAAUUUGAAGCAGCUCAAGAUUGUGAAUUAGUAACCGCAGGAGAACUUUUUGGUAGAUCAGGAUAUGGAAUAGGGUUACAAAAGGGAUCACCCUGGUCGGAUGACAUCACAUUGGCGAUUUUGGACUUUCACGAAGGUGGUUUUAUGGAAAGCCUGGAUAACAAAUGGAUUCUCCAAGGCAAUACUCAGCAAUGCGAACAAUUUGAGAAAACCCCAAAUACUUUGGGUCUCAAGAACAUGGCAGGCGUAUUUAUUCUUGUGGGAGCAGGUAUUAUAGGUGGUAUGGGGUUGAUAGUGAUUGAAAUGGUUUAUAAGAAACAUCAAAUGAAAAAACAGAAAAGGAUGGAGCUGGCCAGGCAUGCUGCUGAUAAGUGGAGAGGAUGUGUUGAGAAACGCAAAACUUUACGAGCUUGUUCAACUUUACCUCAACGACGGAUCAAAUCCAACGGUGUUAACGAAGCCGUUACCAUAUCGCACGUAGUUGAUAGAUUUCAAAGAAUGGGCCAAAUGAGUGGACCAGAAAGAGCUUGGCCUGGAGAUACGGAUAUCAGGCAAAGACGGACUGAGGAGACCCUAGCACAACCUGUUCCCAGAUAUUUACCGGGUUAUACUUGGGAUGUAUCUCAUUUAGUUGUAUAAAUAAUAUAUAGGUUUUGUUAUUCUAGUCAAACUUAGUAGCGAAUUGUUAUUUAUUAAAUUAAAAUAUUCAUAUUAUAAUAAAGGAUGUUAGAUACUUAA